CCUGUCCACGUGGUUUCACACAUCCCAAAUGAAAAAUAUUCUUUCUAAUGACUCAGUUAAACUUAAUGCAACUCGAAGCAUUCCUAUCACUCGCCUCUGGUCGGUCGUUGUGUAAAUAAUCUAAAAUUCUUUACUGUAAUUGCGCAUUGAAAAAUGGCGGAUGGAACAAAAAAUUACAUGUGGUUUCCGGUGAUGAUUGCCCUGUUUUACACCAUUUAUACAAAUGAUGUUUACAGAAAUAUAGCACAUAGAGUGAUAACAGGUGAUGUGUCCGGUGCUUAUGAAAUUUAUUCUAAGUAUUCGGAUGACGGAAAUGUGGACGUCAGGGAAAAAAAUCAUGACGACGGAGGUGAGGGAAUUUUUGACAGUCAGGAAUUGGCGAAAUUUUCAAAUCCUCAGGACGGACUCUACUUGGCGAUUUUGGGAAGAGUUUAUGAUGUCACUGGGGGAGAAAAACAUUAUGGACCCGGUGGAGGAUACCACGGAUUCAUUGGGAAAGACGCAACUUUGGCGUUCAUCACUGGUGACUUCAAUGGAGAUCUGACCGAUGAUAUUUCCAGUUUAACAAAUUCUCAAGCGAAAUCCAUAGUCGGAUGGAUCAAAUUCUAUGACGAAAAAUACGUGUACAAAGGGAAACUAGUGGGAAGAUUUUACGACGAAAAUGGGAAUCCAACAAGUGAAUACCACGAAUUUAUGAGAAAAGUGGAGAGAGCAGAUGAGGCAGACACGAUCCAGGAGGAAAUGAAGAAGAAAUUUCCACCCUGCAAUGUAGAAUGGAAACCAGAGGAUGGGACGAGAGUCUGGUGUUCACUCCAGAGUGGUGGAAUCUCCAGGGACUGGGUAGGAGUUCCCAGGCUAUUCUUCGAGGAGCCCUCAAAACCAAAAAGCAGAUGUGCCUGUGUCAAUCUCCAGAGCUCUGACUUCCACGAGCAUCAAGCAAAGUUCAGAGAAUACCAAGACUGUCCAAAAAUCUCAAGUACCUGUUACGCAAAAGUGUAAUGAUUAUACAAUUAAGAGGAGAAUCCUCAGAUUCCUAGCUAAAAUGGAUAAAAUCUCAGGAAGACAAUUAUUUCACACCGAUCACUUAAUUAGCGAUUUCUUACCAUGACAAUGUGCUGUAAUGAAAAAGAUUAUUUUGUGAAUAAAAAAUACUGAAAUCAG